UUAAUUAAAACUUAAUUGAAUUGAGAGUAUUGUCAGUGCUGUGUGUGUGAGAGUGCGCUAUAUUGGUAGCAAUGAGAGAGCCGUUUAGUGUUUGAGAGUCAGUGUGUUGUGUUGUGUUAGUACUCUAGUGUUCAUACAAUCAAACAGUCAUACAAAUACAUACAGUAAUAUUGUAUAUAUUGAGAGCCACGUGUAUUGUAUAUGCAUUUAGCUGUCAAUCGACUCUCACUGAAAGCUGUGGUCAAAGUUACUAACUUUUCAAACGCCAAAAUGUUGUCUUAUUUUUGUUUUUAGUCUAUUUAAAAAAAAUUACAAAUGUAUAGAAAUUAUGUUUUUUAAAUAAUUUGAUAUUUAUGUGAAUUUAUACACUUUUAAAAAUCAAUUCACUUAUUGUCCAAAAUAUUGAAAGUAUUGACAGCUUCUAAAAGUAAAGCAAAGAUAAAGACAGUGUUUGCUUAAACAUUGUGGACUUAUUUGCUGUUUUCAUAUCAAAGUAACUCAAUUUAUGGUGCAAUCAUGAAAUCAAAAAGAGGGCGAGACAGUCGCCAUUCUAGCGGUCAUUUUGGUAUCGGUUCCAUGAAUGACAUGAAUGACUCUUCAGCCUUUGGUUUUCAAUCAUCAAACAAUGAUAGUAAUGGUAGAAAACGAAGAGGAAAUUUGCCUAAAGAAUCGGUUAAAAUCCUAAGAAUGUGGUUAUAUGAGCACCGAUACAAUGCUUAUCCGUCAGAUCAGGAAAAACUAUUUCUAUCACAAGCGGCCAAUCUGUCAAUUCUUCAGGUGUGCAAUUGGUUUAUAAAUGCGAGGCGAAGAAUAUUGCCGGACAUUAUCCGAAAGGAAGGAAAUGAUCCGCUUUUGUUUACAAUCACUCGUAAGAGCUCAACGAGACGACAGAGUAAUGUAACCGACUCUUGCAAUGGUUCCAAUUCAUCCGCUUCUGAAGAUGGUUUUGGAUAUAUUGUCACAACUAAUAGCAGACAUUCUGAUGACAGUCAGAGCUCUGGUGAGAGUGAAAUUGAUACCCAGUCUGACAGUGGAAGUACGACAAGUACUGCCAUCAGCUCAUAUAUCAGUACCUGUAGUCGACCCCCCAGCACAUCAUCAUCAAGUGGCACGUCUUGGACGGACUCGCCCAUUAAACUAACUAAAAGAUGGCGAAAGAAUCAUGAAGAGGAUCAGAUACGUCACCAAUCAAUGGAUAAUAAUUUUUAUUCGAGUCGUAAACCAAGUGCUUUGGAUCUAUCCUUUAGUCCUCCGCGAAACUCAAACACAUCUAUUGUCAAUUGGCUCAAUCAAAGCACUGGUAUUGUUGCUCAAAGUCCGACAAACGCUCAUUUAUUACACUCUCCAGAGAUGGAAAUGUCUCCUUUGCCAUCAUCUGCAUCUUCAUCUGAAGAACCAUUCAGUUACCUAUACUUAUUGGCGUCGGCGGCAGUCGGAGAACUGGAGAGACAAAGGUUAACGAAUAGUAGUGUUCAAAAUAUAGCUCUCGCUGUCAACACAUAGACAUAUCACGCUUAUCCUAAUAUUGUUCAUUUCCCAUGACAUCCGACAUCCUAUACCUUCAUAACCAUUAUAAAUAGGGUUUUGUCACUUCAGACAAUCAAAACUGAUUUAUAUAUUAUAUAUAUAAAUAUU